AUGGUAGAAUGCAACUUCCUCACGGAAAGGCCGCUUGGUGGCAGCUCAGUUAUAAAUUACAUGAUCUACAUGAGGGGCAACAAGUUGGAUUACGACAGAUGGGAAGCGAUGGGAAAUCCAGGAUGGUCCUACAAAGAUAUAUUUCCAUACUUCUUGACGGCCGAAGAUGCUAACAUUACGGGAUACAAAGACGCUGGAUAUCACAAAAAAGGCGGGUAUUUGGGAGUCAGUGAUGUGACGUAUAGGUCUAGAGCAGCUUAUGCCUACGUAGAGGCUGCUCAAGAAGCCGGGCACCGAUUUGUGGAUUAUAACGGAAGAGGCCAAGUUGGGGUAAGAUGA